AUGAUCAAAUUUAUUGACCAGUAAGUACGUAGAUGGAUAAUAUCAGGCCAAGUUCGGACGAAAACCUGAUUCUGAAUAGCGUAAAAUAUGCACAACAUGCUACUCUACCUUUUUAAAUAUUAUCGUUUUGUUAAGAGGAGUUUUGAAUUAUAUUUUUAAGAGUUUUUUCAUCUACUACAAUAUUUUUAAAAUUUCAAUAUUCUUUUGUAAAUUAUUAUCUAAUGUUUGCUUUUUCAGCGGGAGCACUUUAAUAUACCUGAAGCUCUUCUUCAUCUGGCUCAGCUGCAUUGUUCUGGACAUUGUAAUUGGCUUCAGGUUUGAAUUGCUUUGGCCAUUAUGGCUAAUGGUCCGCCAUUUAUACGAUGCCAAUCGAGUCCAAACCUUUGCUUCGUCGUUCCAUUACUCGGUGAGUGUAAAUGUUACGAGUUUUAUUGUUUUAGGCAUUCUCGGUGUUCUUCGUGUGCAUUACGGCGACUUCCGAUUUAAUUUGUUACCUAUUCAUACCCGUUCAAGUGUUGUUGUUCUUAGCCAGCACAUAUGUUUGGAUACAGUUUGUUUAUCAGUCGAGUAGGUUUUGGUAUUUAGCAAUAUGGGAGGGGAGCGUUUUAAGGAUAUUAUUCAACAAAAUUUUAAAUGGAGGAUUUAAAAUAUUGAUGUAGGAGAUUUUUAUAGCAAAAUGAAUCUAAAGUGGUAUCUGUUUUAGAAAUUAAACUACAAUAAAGAAACUUUUAUGUAAAAUUAUGUUAUCACUACCUUUUGAGGGCAAUAAAGUCAUUUUAUAUAAAUAUUUCUCUAAAAUAAUGUUAUUUCCAGCUGACAGAGGACUGUGUGCAUCGUCGCUGCUCUUAUGGAGUGCGUUUGUUGGGUUUGAGUAUUUAAUAAGGUCGAGGCUGGAUCAGACGACGUUAUACUUAACACGAGGCUCUUGGGUGACAGCGGGGAUGUUCUCAAAUGGAGCCGAGAGUAUUCAGAUAGGGUCAUCGUCGGCCGAACGACUCGAAGUCUACAGGCCGUUCGCCGCGCAUUGUUUAGGGUACCCCAUUGUGACGAUGGGGUUUCGCGUUAAGUCUUUAUUUUCGUAAGUUUUUUGUGAUUAAUAUAGUUUGAUUUAUUAAAAUUUAUAGUUUUAGGCCGUUUUUACAGGGUUUAAAGUGAUUUUUAGGUAUAAAAUCCGUUUUAACUUACUAAUUUUUAAAAUUUUCAGUAGCUGGCGACUCCGUCGACGUCGUCGAGAUGUUCAGCGACAAAACGGCUUCUUCGACCCGCUGUUGGCGGACGCGGUGCCGGCUUCGUUGCAGAGUCGAUAUCAUUUGUCUUCAGUGAAACAGCAGCUAGCUCUCGAACAUGAUCAAGCAGGUGGGUCUUUCGUCUUUUGUGAGGAACGCCAGUGAGAGAUCAAAAUUUGUGACAAGUCCAUUGUUUUCGGAAAGCCUAAGGUUUAAAACUGUUUAUCUUGCUGGAGGAAUAAGGCCUCCGGGGAUUUGGGUGGCCCAAUUUUUGUUUUAGGAAGUGCAUCAUAUAGUCGAAGGGAUUGGGGUGGCAUUCCGCUAUAGAAAUAACGUUAAAUUAUGUUAUUUUUGAUUUUUAAAUUAUAUUGUUAACAAUUUUGUUAUAAAUUGUUAUUUAUUUUAGUUUGUGUGUUGUGUUAGGUUAAAAAAUUGACUUAAAGGUUUUUUUUAAACUUUUUGAAGUUAGUAUUAAAACGCAUAUCUUUUUCAGAAUACGAGUUAGAUGAAGAAGAAAGUGUGGUGAACGGAACUUCGAACAAUCAGAGUACCGCUUCCGUAGUGACGAAUCAACCCACCACCUUCUGUUACCUAAACUCACAUUCUGCUAAUCUCCCUACUAACGGCACCGCCAAUCACCACAAUAAUCACGGGAUUGCGGCCAAGAAAGGGACACGUGUCUCGUCGGCCAACGGCAAGUUUAAACAGAAUGGCAGUAGUAACAAGAAGAAGAUCUCGAGGGAUGUGAAUAGCGACUCGGUCAGCGUGAUGAGCGACGAAGUCAGCGACGACGGCGACCAUUCUCGGCCGUUCAUCGCUCUUUUAGCUCUUCCCAGUUUUUUGUAUCGGUGCUGCACGGGACUGGUCUCGUUCAUAUUCACCUACGUUGUUUUACCGGUAUUCGAGUUGGUGACUGCAGUGGAGUCAGGGUCUAAAACGAAGAAAGAAGAAGUUACGAUCAACGGGAUUGGCAACGGAAUUGUGGCAGAGAUAGAGGCCGAGAAGGUGGAGGACCUGGACGACAGUGACAAGGAGUUUCAGCAGGAAUCCAAGAGGAACAAGUCCAGGAGAAGGGGGAGGACUCCGAAUGACAAUCAUUCUUCUCCCUCCGCCACCCCUCCCAAGCCUAAGCCAUCCGUAGUCGUGGAGAACGGUUCUUCUAAUGGGUAUAUGCCUUAUCCCUACGUUUCCACUGCUAAUUGCAAUGGAACGUCAACUGAAGGACGAAGGGAUUCAGACAUGACAGAACAGUACACUAAAGAGUUGAGCAAGCUGAAGUGCGAGUUGAAGGAAAGCAAUCAGAAGACUGAGCAGUUGUACAAAGAAAAGGAGAUGUAAGUUAUUAUUGACGAUUUCAAAGCUUGACAAAUCUUUAUUUUUUAAUUGAGGAUUUUUAAAUUCAAUUUUAGAAUGGAAAAGACGUUGGAUACUGUACGCUACGAUCUGCAACAGCUCAGAACUAACGAAUCAGCCCUGAAGGCAGAGUUGACAUUGUCUCAGAAUCAAGAAAAGAACCACAAGAAGGAGCUACAAUCCCUGAAGAGCAAGUUGUUGGACGCUGAACAGAAGGCGGAGUCAAACAAUCGGCAGGCCGAUUUCUACCGUCUCCAGGUUCAGAAUCAGCAACAGAAGUUGAAGAAGGACAAGGCUACGUUCAACGCAGAGAAGGCGGCUGCCAUCGAUAAUCAGAAAGAGAUCAACGAUCUGAAGUUACAGUUGCUGGCCAAGGACAAGGAGUUGAAGGAAGCGCUGUCUGAUGUCAAGAACAAGCAAAGUGUCAUCUCGAAGUUAGAGCACAAGCUCAAGCUGAUCGAGUGCACCAAGUUGAGCAAUGAUGGGGACAAGUCCGAGUUGAAGGUGGGUUUGGUUAAUAUGAUUAAAGUGUUCAUGAAUGGUGGUGUAAUAUUGUCAUAUUGAAGUGUUUUUUACUGAUUUAUGUAAAAUUGAAAAUUACUGUUGUAAAUAUGAAUAUUUGAUUACAGAAACAUCAGAAGCGUGAGCACGAAAUGAAACAGAAUAUUGCGAGAUUGGAGAAGACUUUGAUGUCCGAAAACAGACUGAAGGUCGACCUCUUCAUCGCUCUAAACGAUUCCAAGACCAAAAUUGAAACCUUGACUAGUAAGUUAUUCCAAUUGCUAAUACAAUCAACAAUAGUUUGGAUAAUAUACUCAGAUCUUUGUUUUUCUAUGUAACGGAGAGGUUUUACUAUAUUCUAGUAGGUGGACAGGUACUAAUAAUGGUUCUUUUAGAUCAAUUGCGUGCGAUGGAAAUGGAGCGCAUUCAGAAUGGCUUCGCUCCAUCACUGAAGGCCGACUUCAUGAAUGCUCAGCUGCCAUCGUCACUUCUGGCCUCAUUAGCCAAGAAAGGAUGUGACGAUGGAUCCACCAACUCUUCGUCGUCUCCCGCUGCCUCCCCCGUGUCAUCUUCUCCUAGCUUCACCGUCUCCACGGCCAAGUCAUCAAAUGGCAAUACCGUGGCCAACGACGGAAACGAGCUCGAGAGACUGUUCCGAGCGGGUGGUGGAGGAUAGUAAGUUGCUUCUAAGUCUGAGUAGGUAACAGUAUAUUGAGUUUUGUAGUUUUCGAUUUGAUAUUGAGAAUACCAGUCCGUGGAUAAUGUAAAGAAAGCCUGUUUUACCUUUCUCUUUCAGCUCCUUGUUCCAAGACCCGACCUUCACAGCGCCCUCAACUCCGUCGAUCGUGUCCAAGUCGUCGAACAACCAGUCCAGUCGCUGCAACUCCCCUUCCUCGUCCGAACUGUACUCCAUUCUGAAUGGUACCGGCCCCAUCAGCCUGACGGGCUACGGAUUUGGACCAGCCGCUAGCUCCCAAGCCCCGAAAUUAUUGAAUGGUACUAAAAACAUCUCACCCACGUACCAUUGA